GUACUAGCCCACGCACGCAAGUGACGUCACACGUCGCCCCACCCACAUAUUUCUGUAAACCACCUUGCGUAUGGAAGUAUGGCGGCACCAGCGACACAACUACUACUCGGCCAAAGUUUAUUGCUCAGAUUUUCACGUGAGAGCGAUGAAUAAGUACGCGAACAGAGGGGUCGGUAACGAAGAGCUCGGAGACUUUAAACAGAGGAAAGGACUUGCACAAAGAGACGUCGGUCUCUGGCCGACUGAGUUUCCUCGAUUUCUCUUCACCUCCUUGAUUGAAGUGCCUUUAGUCCGGGUACCACAGGGGAAGAAACUCCGCAAGACGGGAAGAGUGGACACGGAAGUUUGAAACAAACUGAAUACUGUGGCUUUGGAAAGACCACUUGCCAAGCAUUAAAUUGUGGUGACCAGAGACGUUUAAGUGCACUUGUCCGACGUUUGUUAGCAGCACGCUAAUAUCGACCCCGCAAGAGCCAACUGUUGAGUGCUCGAUGUGCAUUUAAGGGUCUGGCCGCUGCAUACCACCAGCUAACGUUAGUUAGCCUUCAUGGCUACCUUCAACAUUAGCUUGAGGUCGCCAGCUAACCAACAAUAUAAAUGUUUCUAUAGCUGUAUUACUUUGAAAUGCCUUUCUUUGAGCUCUGAAGCACUCAGGCUCCAUUAAUGCACGAUAAACAGGGACAUAUUGGAGUAAUACGGAUCUGCAUAGGUGACCCGCAUCACCCAUACUCCAGGAGAGGACAGACUGAGCCAGGGAAAGGGGUUCCUGUCUUCUCCCCAUCCCCUCCCUGCCUGGUGGCCAACUGUUGGACAGUGAGCAACUGAUUCCAGCUUGGAGAGUCCCGGCUGCGGCCUGGCACCCUGCCCUUAUGGGGCAGCAGCCGGGGAAGUUUGUAGGGGACCAGAGGAGACCCAGUCUGCCGGCCUUCAUCAAGGGUGGAAAGAGAGAGUCGUCACGCCAUGGGACCCAGCCUUGUAACGUUUUUGCUGUGCACGCUGCUCUCCUCUUCCCUUCAUCCUCUCAUCUCCCCAACACUUUGUGACUGCGAAGCUCUCCAGAGACCAGACUUUGAGAGUCAGGGGCUGGCAGAUGCGGCCCGCUGGAACUCCAAAGAGAACCUGUUGGCUGGACCCAGCGAGAAUGACCCCAACCUGUUUGUUGCACUCUAUGAUUUUGUUGCCAGUGGUGACAACACACUCAGCAUUACUAAAGGAGAGAAGCUGCGUGUGCUCGGUUACAACCACAAUGGCGAGUGGUGCGAGGCACAGACCAAGAAUGGCCAGGGUUGGGUGCCGUCCAACUACAUCACCCCUGUCAACAGCCUGGAGAAGCACAGCUGGUACCAUGGACCUGUGUCACGCAAUGCUGCGGAAUACCUGCUCAGCUCGGGCAUCAACGGAAGCUUUCUUGUCCGCGAGAGUGAGAGCAGCCCUGGCCAGAGGUCCAUUUCCCUGCGGUACGAGGGGAGAGUCUACCAUUACAGGAUUAACACUGCGUCUGACGGCAAGAAUCUCUUCUUCCUCCAGCUGUACGUCUCGUCGGAAAGCCGUUUCAACACACUGGCGGAGCUGGUGCACCACCAUUCCACGGUGGCCGACGGCCUCAUCACCACGCUGCACUACCCGGCGCCAAAACGCAACAAGCCCACCAUCUACGGAGUUUCUCCCAACUAUGAUAAGUGGGAGAUGGAGCGCACUGACAUUACCAUGAAGCACAAGCUGGGAGGGGGCCAGUACGGGGAAGUAUACGAAGGUGUUUGGAAGAAGUACAACCUCACUGUGGCUGUCAAGACACUAAAAGAGGAUACGAUGGAGGUGGAGGAGUUUCUCAAGGAGGCCGCUGUCAUGAAAGAGAUCAAACACCCCAACCUGGUACAACUGUUAGGUGUGUGCACACGGGAGCCACCAUUCUACAUUAUCACAGAGUUCAUGACCCACGGUAACCUACUAGACUACCUGAGGGAGUGCAACAGAGAGGAGGUCAAUGCAGUGGUGCUGCUCCAUAUGGCCACACAGAUCUCCUCUGCCAUGGAGUACCUGGAGAAAAAAAACUUUAUACACAGGGACUUAGCUGCCCGUAACUGUCUGGUUGGGGAGAACCACCUGGUAAAGGUUGCAGACUUCGGCCUAAGCAGGCUGAUGACUGGAGACACCUACACAGCUCAUGCUGGGGCCAAGUUCCCCAUCAAGUGGACUGCUCCAGAGAGUCUGGCCUACAACAAGUUCUCUAUUAAGUCUGAUGUCUGGGCAUUUGGCGUGCUGCUGUGGGAGAUCGCUACCUAUGGCAUGUCCCCCUACCCCGGCAUUGACCUGUCCCAAGUGUACGAGCUGCUGGAGAAAGACUACCGUAUGGACCGACCAGAGGGCUGCCCUGAGAAGGUCUACGAGCUGAUGAGGGCCUGUUGGAGGUGGAACCCUUCAGAACGUCCAUCUUUUGCUGAAACACACCAAGCCUUUGAGACCAUGUUCCAGGAGUCCAGCAUCUCUGAUGAGGUGGAAAAGGAGCUGGGCAAGAAGGGGAAGAAGGCAACAUUAGGCUCUAUCCAGCAGGCUCCAGAGCUGCCCACCAAAACCAGAACUCUCCGCAAAAACAUGGACAACCGGGAUGGAGAUAGUCCAGACCCAGUAGAGCCAGAGACAGCUGUUUCGUCACCCAUGCUCCCCAGGAAAGAGCGCCCCCUCCUGGAUGGUAAUCUGAAUGAGGAUGACCGCUUGCUACCCAAAGACAAGGACAAGACACGUGGCAGUGGCUUUCUCAGUCUCAUAAAGAAAAAGAAAAAGAAUGCACCUGCUCCGCCCAAACGCAGCUCCUCUUUCAGAGAAAUGGACGUCCACCCUGACAGGAGGGGUGUGUCUCCAGAUCCUCGAGACAGUGACAGCUUCAACAACGGUGCAUCUUUGGCCAUUAAUGAUGUCACACAUGGCCUUGACUCCACAAAAUUCCCGGGUACUAAUAAUAAUGGGGCAGGGGGUAUCACCAACGGGGCUCCUACCUACCCAGGACCUUUGUUUCCCAGGAAGAAGGGAGCUCCAGCUGUGCCUGGCCCUGGAGGAAAAGCAGCUACAACGCCUCCCAGCGAGGAGGAAUCCAUGUCUAACUCGAAGCGUUUUCUCUGGUCCUCUAGCUUGCCCACCGGCUCAGAUGGCACUGAAUGGAAGUCUGUCACACUGCCGCGAGACCUUGGCCAGCGCCACUUUGACUCAGGCACCUUCGGGGGCAAGCCAGCUCUGCCACGCAAGAGAACCAGUGAGCAAAAAGGGGAGAAUGCCCCUCGAAUGGGCACCCUGACUCCACCACCACGUCUGAACACCUCAUCAGAUGUUUCCUCUGCCUUCUUAGGCAAAGACACUGAUCCCAGUCCUGGUUCCAGUCCCCAGGCUUUAACGCCUAAGGUGGUCAGGAGACCAGGGCUGCCGGGGCUGGAGAACUCCAAGACCAGCGCUCUCCAUGCUGAGCUUCUCAAGCCCAAUGUGUUCCCUGCUUUAGGCGCAGCCGGAGAAGAGUGCAGGGCCCGCAGAAACAAGCACACUGUGGACUCUUCAUCUGUCAGGGAAAGAGGAAAGUUACAGAAACCCAAACCAGCCCCACCUCCACCACCCACCAAUGCCAAAACAGGCAAGAUUUCCCGCAGCCCCACUCAAGAACUCCCCUCCCCCUCAUCCACCACCUCAGAUGUCAAAGCUAAGGGCCUCCCCUCUGUCUCAGAGCCCCACCACUCAACCACUGCCAGUGACCAAGCCCGCUCACCCCUCAGUGAGGGCUCCAAGAAGCUGCCCCUGGGCUCCAUCUCCAAACCUCAACCGUUAAAAACCUCCACCUCCUCCACUUCAGUGACCACCUCCCUAUCCAGCCAGAGCCUAGGAGGCUUCUCUUCCUCCCUCACCUCCCCCAGCGAUCAGAGCUCGCCCCCUGCUUUCAUCCCCCUAGUGAACACCCGACGCUCCCUCCGCAAGACUGCACCCCGCCAGGCUUCCGAGCGCACCCCCAACUCAGCUGUGACGCGUGAGAUGGUGCUGGAAGGCACCGAGCUGCUCCGCGCAGCUAUUUGCCGCAACUCGGAGCAGACAGGUAGCCACAGCGCUGUGCUGGAGGCUGGCAAGAACCUGUCGAAGUACUGCAUGAGCUACGUCGACUCCAUACAGCAAAUGAGGAACAAGUUUGCCUUCCGCGAGGCCAUCAACAAGCUUGAGAACAGCCUGCGUGAGCUGCAGAUCUGCCCCACAGCCACAGGGGGUGCCAACGCACAGCAGGACUUCAGCAAGCUGCUGUCCUCUGUCAAAGAGAUUAGUGACAUUGUUCAGAGGUAGCGCCAUAAAAUCUUAAACUACCAAGAUAUAAAACUGAUAUGAACUGUAUCUUACACUACCCUUUUUUUCUGAGCAUGCGCAUGAACUGUGGUCCAUGCCGAGCUCAUGUUGGAGAUCUGAGGGUAAAGCCUGUGUGAGGACAGCAACAGAGUAUAGGUUUCACACUACAGUACACUCUGAAACACUUAAGCGUGUGGUUAUUGUGGAUGGAAUCAAAGGAAUCUUUCUGUAGAUGUCGUCAGUUUGCAAUAUUGAAAAGCCUUAACCAUGAAUGAACAAUGUCUUUUGUCCUCAAUGAGAGGCUAGCGGCCAAUUCUUUAUCAACAUGACUUUUUACCAGUCAUUUUUGAAACGAUCAUGUCUUAUGUAUGCUAGUUGUGUUUUCCCCUUUUUCGAUGACACUAAUAGAGAAAAGGCCUGUGAUAUUUGUUUCCAUCACUGUUGUUAGUGUGUACAGUGUUUGAUUUUCCAUCGUGCCGCCGCCGAUGAGCAAAAACAAAACACUUAACCUCAUCUUGUUCUAGGACCCCUUCUAACACUUAGACAACUGAUCUCAUAGUUUCCAUUUUCACAUGUAAGAAUUAGGGAGCUUCUGGAAUCACACAGUGUUUAUAACCUGAUGCCUCUGUCCAACACAUCCCAACAUUUUCCAUUGCUGAGUGAUGAAAACGUGUCAGUGUUUGUUCUGUAUGAAUGCUUUUUGCAGUAUUUGCAACCAUGUGCCAUAAAGUAAUAAUGGGAGCAAGCAAAUGAGGCAGGAUGAGCCUGUGGCCUUCACCUGUUUCCUUCACUGCACACUUUUGUAACAAAUAGUGCCUUAAACACUAUUGGCAGAGCUGUUCAAGACUUGCCACUUUUUACAAGUGCAGAAAUGUGGCUUUGGUUGAAUUGUGCCAAGUGGGUAGGAAUAGCUGUGUUGAUUUGUUUAUUGGAUUUAAAUGUUUUUUUGCCAUACCAAAAACCUUUGUCUCCAGUCUGUACUGGAGAGGGACCAGGGUGCACAAUCUGCAACUCAGUGGAUUGGACUAUUGUUUUAUGUUGUCCUUAGACUGGGCUUUUUUUUUAAGUAUAUUUCAACUUUUUCUAAAUGCCAGUCACAAAAGCCAUCAGUAGCAGCUCAGCCUUGCAGCAGCUAUAAUCUGCAAAGAGGGAUCACAGACUAAAACAAUGUUUCUCUGACCAUUGAAGGGCUUCUUUGCCUGUAUUAGUUUUGAUGAAGGGUUUGUCACGUGGUCUAAAUGCUGUUUCAGAGGCCUUUCCACCCCAGCAAAAAAAAGAUAUAUAGAUAUCUAUAGAGAUAUAGAUAUCUAUAGAGAUAUAUAUAUCUAUAUCUAUAGAUAUAUAGAUAUCGAUCUCUAUCUAUAUAGAUAUAUAUAUCCUGGGGGAAACACUGGACUGAAUUGUUUGUCACUUGCUGUCUCACAAAAUAAUGUACAAGUUAGAAGCUGACCAUUAUAGACUGAAAGAACCCAUGAAAUUUCACUCUAACAUCAUAUGUUCCUCUAUUCGCGUCUGCAACUCUUGGAGAUUUUAAGUAUUUUUGCUGUAGUCUCACCCCACGUGCCCUGUCUGACUGCGAUGCCUGAGGACACAACUCAACCGCAAGCUGCCUUGACUUCAACAUGGUACUGUCAGUGUUGGCUUUUUUUUUUUAUUCCUCCCCUUUACCAACCAUACCACUACUCUACUUUUUUUGUCUAAACCUCCUCACCAAUUUUGUAGGCAAACUUUGCUUUCCCUUGUAAAUAUGUUAUCUUUUUCCUAUUUGUUUCUCCCUCUAGCCUUGGUGCAAUUUUUGUUGCAAUAAAAUACAAAGCAGUUUUGCUACUUGAAAUAUA